UCACAGCAACCCUGCUGGCAGGGGAGGGCUCCAGAUGUGCAGACAGGCUUUGGGUGUCACAGCAACCCUGCUGGCAGGGGAGGGCUCCAGAUGUGCAGACAGGCUUUGGGUGUCACAGCAACCCUGCUGGCAGGGGAGGGCUCCAGAUGUGCAGACAGGCUUUGGGUGUCACAGCAACCCUGCUGGCAGGGGAGGGCUCCAGAUGUGCAGACAGGCUUUGGGUGUCACAGCAACCCUGCUGGCAGGGGAGGGCUCCAGAUGUGCAGACAGGCUUUGGGUGUCACAGCAACCCUGCUGGCAGGGGAGGGCUCCAGAUGUGCAGACAGGCUUUGGGUGUCACAGCAACCCUGCUGGCAGGGGAGGGCUCCAGAUGUGCAGACAGGCUUUGGGUGUCACAGCAACCCUGCUGGCUGUGGCCAGCCCAGCAGAGGACAUCCCCGAGGCAGGGCUGGGCAGGCAGCGCUUCCUCGCCCUGCACACAUCCCUGCUCCACAGACUGCAAUUCCUGGUGCCUGCAGGAUCAUCACUGCUUGGCUGCUUCAGGAGACGUGCACAGGAGCUGGGGAGUGGACUGAGGGCUGCUGGACACAUCCUGGGGCAGCAGCACAGACAGCUGGGCACCUGCACCGUGCCUCUGCUCUCCAGGAGCCCCCUGGAGCCACAGAAUCAUCCAGGCUGGAAAAGACCUCGGGGACCACGGAGCCCAGGCUGUGCCUGAUCCCCCACGGGGGCUUCUGGAUGUCCCACAAGGCUCAGGGCAGCCUGGCCUGGCAGAAGGCACUGUCACCAGCAUCCCUGGCCUCCACGGGGGGAGGUUGGGCAGGGCAGUCCUUGCUGGACCCCGCUGGAUGUGCCAGUGUGUGAGGAGGGGGGUUUGCUGGGGUCUGGGGGUGAUGAUCUCCUCCCCCAGCUGCCUCGGGGAGCUCCAGAUGCAGCUGCACUGCCUGCCAGGCCCUGGGGCUGCUGGGCUCAUCAGCUCUGGCAAUUCAGGGCAGCUGAGGCAGCUCAGGCAGCAGUGGGUCACAGAAUUCAUGCAGGUGCUGGGUGCUGUGCCUGCUCCAGGAACAGGUGAGUUUUCUGCUCCUGGAGAGUCUGUUUUGCACAAAGGUGUUGGGUUUGUCACUUGAAUUGCUGUGAGCUCUUAAUGCUGCUGUUGGAAUGAAGAGGGGUGUUUAAAGGGAAGGGGGUUCUGGAGGGAGCUGUGGGACUCAGACUGUGUUUGGCUAAAAUUGCAGCUCAGAAAAGUCCCCUCAGCAGCAGGACUUGUUCUGGGGGCAGGGAGGGGCUUUGAGGGGCACAGACCCUGGUGGGGCUCGCUGCCUGGCUAGAGAAAAGUUUACAGCAGAGUUUACUUUUCCAUGAUACCUCGGAAUUUCCCACUGCUCAGGUGGUGACACACUGGAGUGAGGAGCCUUUUUGGAGGGACAGGCAAAGGAUGAGAUAAAAGAAUAAAAACCUAAUGGUAAAAUUAGCUCCCUCUUUCAUUUUUAAAGGGCUGGGAGUGGAGGGCUGAGAUCCCAGGUAGCCAUUUGUGCUCUGCUUUGUUCUGCUGCAGACAGUUCAGCAUUUUCUCUUUCCCCCUGAAUUGUUUUUAAGAUGAGACAAUUGGUUGUAUUUGCUGUCACUGAGGACACACACUGGCUCCAGUCCCUUCUGAUCCCUGGAAUGGAAUAAACUCCGUGGCUGCACAUGGCUUGUGAACCCUCCUGCCACAGCCCCUCCCCAGCCACUCUGCUCCUUGAUGUUGCUAAAACCAGACCAUUUGUGCUUUUGAAUGUGCUUUGUUUGUCCUCACUGACAGCUGGAACAUUUUCUGCAUGGCAGCCCCACACAGGCAGCCCUGGCAGCAAUCUCCAGCUGAAAAUGCCCUGCCCUUCCCAGCACAGCUCUCAUCCUCUCCUGCUCUUUGCUUCCCCAGGCAGCCAGAGAAGGCCAGGUUGGUCUCAGCCAGACUCUGGAGCCAGGAGGGCAGAGUGGGCAAGCCAGGAGCAUUCCCAGGGCAGGCGAGGGAAGGGUGUUGGCUGGGGGGUCAGCCCUGGCCCAGCUGCCCAGGCUCCCCUGGAAACCCCUCUCCUGCCUGAGUGAGGGCUCCCCGGGAGCUGCAGCAGAGCUGUGCCAUCCUUGAGCACAAACACGUUCAGUCUUCCUGCCCCUCACCCCUCAGGGCUGAGGACUGUGUGUGUUUAUUUGUCUCAGGGCCUGCCUGAGUCCUCUCCCUGCUAGAAUGAAGUGUUUUGCUAAGCCAUUGUUUUUACCAUACAUACAUUCCCUUGGCUGCAUCUUCGUGGUGCAUUCUUUGCUCCAGAAUCUUUUCUUUUCAUCUCAGAGAUGAACACACAUUUCGGGACCAGCUUUUGAAAUGCCAGUUUGCUUCAGGAAACUUCUUAUGAGCAAGUCUGGGCAGCCAGCACUAAAUCACUUUAGUAUCUUCUAUUUCCCAAGGAAUCAGACCCACUUUGUUUAUUAUCUAGCAAAACCCCAAGCAGAAUGUAAAAACCAGGAGUGAAUCAGAAAGGAGCGUUAUAAAAAUACUGCAGCUGGCUUUCCCUGGCAGUGGGGAAAGGCACUGCUUCCCUUCCUUGUGAAAGAGGAAUGAUGCAAUGGUAGAGGAAUAAAACCAAAGGCAGCUGAGCAGUCUGAGAGGAAAGCUGAUGUCUGAGGGCUGAAGCUGUGGGUGUGAAGCUCUGGGAUGGGUUUGGUGCCUCUGCUGGCUCGGGGCAGUUGAAGGCCCUGCCCUGACUGUGUGCAGCAGAACUGGAGGGCUGCCAUGGUCCAGGUGAGCUCUCUGCCUUGCUCAGAUCCUGCUGCUGAGGAGCCAACUCCUCGGGAAGAACAGAUGGAUGGAGGGACCAGGCUGGGAGGGCAGCUGUGGGAGAGCCUGCCUGGCACCCCUGCCCCUGCCAGCCUGGCUCUGAUGGGCUGCUCCUCCCCAGAGCUGAGGGUGCAGAACCCCAGGGGCUGCUUGAGGUCAUUGGGGGUUUCUUGAUGUCACUGCAGUCCCUGGGUGGGGUUGUGCCUUAGGUUAGAACAAAAAACGAAACUGAAAGUAUGCAUGCUGUCCCCAUCUCCAUAAGCUGUUCAAACAGGUGGGACAGAGUUCUUUCUCUCUUCCAUGACUCAUCUCCAAUAAAUCUCUCCAAGGGGUAGUUCUGUGCAGGUGGCCCCCAAAAUCUCUCUGGGUGACUCCUAAGUGACAUCACCCCACGGUGAGAUGCUCCGCCCAGGGGGGGAGCCAAGCAUCCCACCUGCAUAGAAGCCGAGGCUUGGAGCUCCAGGAGCACUUUGCCUGCGGAGUUCCCAGAGGAGAGGAGGUCCAGGAUCACCAGGGGACCCUCAGAGGAAGACCAGGCCCUUCUGCAGGAGCAGUGCUGUGACAGAGCCACGUCCCUCCCUGCCACAGCCACCCUUUGAUCAGAGGGCCGGAGUGCCAGGUUGUAUUCUGACUCUGUCACUCUGGGCUGGUGUUUUCUGCCUUUAUUUCAUUUCUCCCAUUAAAUUGUACUUCUGGCUUGGGAUCUCCCACUGGUUUGCUGUCAAACUGGUACAUGUUUUGGCACCCAGAUGGAGCCACUCCUGAGAAAAAUCAGAAUUCUGUGUUACAGAAACCCCCUGGUCACCGUGGUGCUCACCAUGCUGACGUGGCUCUCACACCUUGCUCUCUCUCUGUUUCCUCACCUGGGGAGCUGCCUGUCUGCUGCACUGCUCCUCUUGAGCUCAGAGAAUGCCUGCACCCCCUGCACCCCCUGCACCCUGUACACCAUGCCUGGAGACAGAGAAGGGCUCCGUGUGGCACAGCAGUGUCUCCAGGAGGAGGAGGAGGAGGAGGAGGAGGAGGAGGAGGGAAGGACAGAGUCAGCAAGCACCACGUCUGCACAGCCUGCCACUGGGAGGAGAGGAACCAAGAGCAGAGGAACAGGCACCAGGUCUGCACAGCCUGCCAUGGAGAGAAAAGGAACCAAGAGCAGAGGAACAGGCACCAGGUCUGCACAGCCUGCCAUGGAGAGAAAAGGAACCAAGAGCAGAGGAACAGGCACCAGGUCUGCACAGCCUGCCACAGGGAAAAGGAACCAAGAGCAGAGGAACAGGCACCAGGUCUGCACAGCCUGCCAUGGAGAGAAAAGGAACCAAGAGCAGAGGAACAGGCACCAGGUCUGCACAGCCUGCCACAGGGAGGAGAGGAGCCCAAAGGGCAGCCAGUGCUUCCACACAGACCAUCACCGAGCCAGGGCAGCCCAAGCCAGCAGCAGCUGCCCCCGAUCAGAAGAAGAAGUCCAAGAGCAAAUCCAUCCACACAGUGACCAGGAGGUGGCUGGACCCUCACACCCAGCAGAAGAGCCAGAGGCAGAGGCCAUCCCUGUCCCUCUGUCCCUGGGUGGGCAGCAAGGCCUGUGGAGAGAGCUCGCCCCCCAGACCAACGAGUCCACCCUGGCCUGGGACAGCACAGCCAGUGACAGCACCCUGGGCAGGCAGCUGGCAUCCCUGUCCUGGCACGUGCUCGAUGCCCAGGGCAUCAGGAGAGCCCAGGGAGCUCUCAGCCUCUGGCAGUGACUCUGGAACAUGGGGUGGAGAGCCCCCUCCUCCUUAGCAGCCGGGGUACCUGAGCUGAGAAGAGGAACACCUACCACAAGCAGCUCAUCUAGAGUCAGUGCUGCUCUGGUCUCUCGUGGGCAGAGCUCCUGUUGGUGCAGGAGUGAUAACACGACUGGUUCUCGUGAAGAACCAGCUCUGGUUCUCAGGAACACAUUGGCAGGAGAGCAGCUGUGCCUUGACCAGCCAGGUGGAGGAACAGGAGAAUUGGAUCUGCUGGAUGGUGUGGAUGCCAUGGCCUGGCACGUCUGACCCACGAAGGGACAGCUUUGGUGCACACUGGCACUCCGUGCACCCUGAUGCCACCAAGGUGUGUGGGAGUGGAACCCAUUUCCAUUUCUGGGCUCACAGGAGGAUCCCAGCAGCUGAAGUGGAUUUAUCUGGGAACGAGUGGCACAAACAGCCCGUGGUGGCUGGCCCAGAGGCCCCUGCAUCCUCAGCACAGGCCAGCUCAGAAAUGGGAGUUUCAGAGACAUGGUUGGGCUGUUGGGAUUGCUGCUGCAGAGACAGAAGACAUCAGAGAGCUGGGUGCCCUGGCUGCUCUCUCAGAUGAGCCUCCUGUGCUGAGAACUGAAGAGCAGGAACCAAUCACCACAGCAACCCUGCACCAUCAGCAACUCUUCAUCAGAACAUCAACUUGCUGUAGAAGGUCUCAGCAAGGCCAAAGCGCUUUAUGUCCUUUCCCCCCCUAAUUAAAACAAAGUAAAUCCCAAAAUAA